AUGACGGGGCGUUUGCCCACUGCAAAGUUCCGUUGGGGUGAAGGUUCUGGUAAUGUCUUAGUGGCUGAGGGUCGUGGAAACCAAGCCACCAGGUGGAAGGAGAGGAGACCCAAGCCACCAGGUGGAAGAAGAGGAGACCCAAGCCACCAGGUGGAAGAGGAGGAGACCCAAGCCACCAGGAGGAAGAAGAGGAGAUCCAAGCCACCAGGUGGAAGAAGAGGAGACCCAAGCCACCAGAUGGAAGAAGAGGAGACCCAAGCCACCAGGAGCAAAGAGAGGAGAUCCAAGCCACCAGGAGGAAGAAGGAGACCCAAGCCACCAGGAGGAAGAAGAGAUCCAAGCCACCAGGUGGAGGAAGAGAUCCAAGCCACCAGGUGGAAGGAGAGGAGACCCAAGCCACCAGGUGGAAGAAGAAAUCCAAGCCACCAGGAGGAAGGAGACGAGACCCAAGCCACCAGGAGGAAGAAGAGAUCCAAGCCACCAGGUGGAAGGAGAGGAGACCCAAGCCACCAGGAGGAAGAAGAGAUCCAAGCCACCAGGUGGAAGAAGAGAUCCAAGCCACCAGGUGGAAGAAGAGAUCCAAGCCACCAGGUGGAAGGAGAGGAGACCCAAGCCACCAGGUGGAAGAAGAGAUCCAAGCCACCAGGAGGAAGAGACCCAAGCCACCAGGAGGAAGAAGAGAUCCAAGCCACCAGGUGGAAGAAGAGAUCCAAGCCACCAGGUGGAAGGAGAGGAGACCCAAGCCACCAGGUGGAAGAAGAGAUCCAAGCCACCAGGAGGAAGAAGAGGAGACCCAAGCCACCAGGUGGAAGGAGAGGAGACCCAAGCCACCAGGAGGAAGAAGAGAUCCAAGCCACCAGGUGGAAGGAGAGGAGACCCAAGCCACAAGGAGGAAGAAGAGAUCCAAGCCACCAGGUGGAAAAAGAGAUCCAAGCCACCAGGUGGAAGGAGAGGAGACCCAAGCCACCAGGAGGAAGAGGAGACCCAAGCCACCAGGAGGAAGAAGAGGAGACCCAAGCCACCAGGUGA